CUCUCUCUCACACACACUUUCUCCUCCACGGGCGUAAUCCACGUCCUCCACAGUGAGAAGGGGAGGGCGGCAGCGGCGCGACGGCGGCCGGCGCCCGGGGGGAGAAGGGGAGGGCGGCUGCGGCGCGACGGCGGCCGGCGCCCGGGGGAAGAAGGGGAGGGCGGCUGCGGCGGUAGCCAGGGGGGAGCGCGAGGAGGACGGGGGGAGCACGGCAGUAGCAGCGGCGCUUGGUCCUGGCGCACCGCCGCCGUCGCGCCUGUCCCUGCCUCCUGCCGCUCCGGCUCCCAGCGCUGACGCCGACACGGUCCUCCCGCCUCGCCGCCACCGCCAAGCCGACGCCGACGCCGGGGAGAGGGAGGAGGCGGCGCCGUCAAUGACACACAGCCCAUCAAGAUGAAGAUAUCUCCAGGGAGCAGCAUGUUUCGUCCUCCUCCUCUCGCGAACAGUACCUUCGCGGCGGCGCCGAACAGCGGCGGCGGCAGUGGCGCGACGCUGUUCGCCGCUUUCCCGACGCUGGACAUUGUUGGCCGCCGCGUCGUGAGCUCCGGCGGCUUCACGUUCCCGGCGCGGCUAAGGUAGUGAGCACCACUGGCGACGAACUGCCGCGCGAGUCGCUCGAUGUGUUCUGGCCCAUUGACGAGGAGUCGGUGCUCGCCGCUGGCUUCGCGCGCGCCCCAGGGGUGGCGGCGGUGGUGACCCCCUCGCCGCCUUCGCUCCUGGCCCCACCUCCGUCGUCGUUGCCGCAUCGCCGGACUUCUUCUCCCGCCUCGCCCCGGCAACCUCCUUCCCCACUCGCCGGCCGGCUGCCUAGAGAGGAGAAAGUGUGUGUGAGAGAUAGAAGAGGAGAAAGAGGGAGGGGAUGACGUGGAUUACGCUGACAUGUGGGGCCCGCGUGGGUCCCACGCUUACUCAGCCGCCACGUAGACUAAAACGGUUGUCAAAACCACUGAAGGAACUCUUGGCCGGUUUUGUAUAAUUAAGGGACCUCGUAUAUCUGGUUUUGCGGUUCAGUGAUAUUUUUUAUCCGACGACAAGUUGAGGGACCUUCGGUGUACUUUUUCCAAAAAAAAAAAAAUCAAAUUAAGCAUCGCAUCGGCAAUUGCUCGCUGAAACCUGCAAACUAAUGGCGCCACCGCUGCAUUUUUCGUCUCGCCCCACCAAUCCAGCGGGCGCCGGAUCGCUGCAUCAGCAGCCGCCUACCCACUCGCCAGCCUCGCCGUCCGUCAACCUCCCAUGCUUUGCGCCGUCGGCACCCUCGCCUCUCUCCUCCCUCUGUCGCUGCCAAGAAUUCAAGCAAGAGGCGGGAGACGAGGCGGCUUACACGCCGGUGCCCACAUGGUGCUCGACGAAAUGGGUACAAGGACGACACAUUGGAUCCGAUCAGGAAUAACAGAAACAACGUGACGGGAAGGCAUCGCCGGAGGGUUAUUGACGCCGACAAGAUGUGUCGCCAGAGUGUUCCACGGUGCCAGCCGACUGCAUCGCCGUGCUAGCUUCUCACUGAGGUGUAAGUAGUAACUAAUGACUUUAGUUCUACUGGAUGUUUCUUAAGUUCAAAUGGAUGACAGCAGGUGCUCUCACAUGGUUAUUUAGAUGCUAAUAAGGUAUCUAGAGUACUGUAGUGUUAUAGUUACCUGUGAACCAUAUUUUAAGUGGCUGAUCAUUGGGGACACAUCACAACAAGCACACUCCCAUCUAUUUCCUCUGAAGCGCUCGUCCAUAUUUUUCUAGUGCACCCCAAAGUCUUCACUGCUGCAGUGUUUCCUUGUGUUCUUGUCAGUUGUGAGCGCAACAAUGGCUGAGGUUGUUAUCGGACCACUAGUUUCCAUGGUGAAGGAGAAGGUUUCCAGCUACCUUCUAGACCAGUACAAGGUUAUGGAAGGCAUGGAGCAGCAGCGCGAGAUCCUGGAGCGCAAGCUGCCUGCCAUCCUGGAUGUCAUUGAAGAUGCGGAGGAGAAGGGAGCUUUUCGACCUGGAGUAAGCGCUUGGCUCAGAGCACUCAAGAAGGUGGCCUAUGAGGCAAAUGAUGUCUUUGAUGAAUUCAAGUACGAAGCCCUCCGGCGCGACGCAAGGAAGAAGGGGCAGUUCAACAUGCUCGGCAUGGACGUUGUAAGCCUCUUUCCUUCUUAUAACCCUAUCAUGUUUCGUAAUAAGAUGGGUAAGAAGCUACAAAAGAUUGUGGGGAGCAUUGAGGUCCUUGUCUCAGAGAUGAACUCCUUUGGGUUCAUACACCGGCAGCAAGCUCCACCAUCCAAUCAAUGGCGUCAAACAGAUUCUAUAAUGGCUGACUCUGAGAAGGAUAUUAUAAGAAGAUCCAGAGAUGAGGAGAAAAAGAAGAUUGUGAAGAUAUUGCAUAAUCAUGCUAGCAGCAAUAGGGAUCUGUUGGUCCUUCCAAUUGUUGGAAUGGCUGGGCUGGGAAAAACCACCUUUGUUCAGCUCAUUUACAAUGAGCCUGAGAUCAAGAACCAUUUCGAACUCUGGAGGUGGUGUUGUGUGUCAGAUGAUUUUGAUGUUGGAAAUAUUGCAAAUAGCAUCUGCAAUAGCACAGAGAAGGAUCAUGAAAAGGCAUUGCAGGAUCUGCAGGAGGCAAUAAGUGGGAAGAGGUACCUAAUUGUCUUGGAUGAUGUAUGGAACCGGGAAGCUGAUAAGUGGGAAAAAUUGAAGACCUGCCUUAAGCUGGGUGGCAAGGGUAGUGCAAUACUAACAACUACUCGUGAUUCACAAGUAGCUAGAAUUAUGAUCACUGGUGUAGUUGAAGCCUAUAAUCUUGAGAAACUUGGCGAAGAAUAUACGAAGGAAAUAAUACAGACUAGAGCAUUCAGUUUGGCUGGCAGUGAUGAGCUAUCUGAAAUUGUUCAGAAGUUUGUGGACAGAUGUCAAGGUUCUCCUUUAGCUGCAAAAGCCUUUGGUUCUAUGUUGAGUACCAAGACCAGCAUCCUAGAAUGGAAGAAUAUAAUAGCCAAAAGUGACAUUUGCAACGAGAAGACUGGAAUUUUACCUAUACUAAAGCUUAGCUAUGCCGACCUACCAUCGCACAUGAAGCAAUGUUUUGCUUUCUGUGCCAUAUUCCCCAAAAAUUAUGAGAUUAAUGUGGAGAAUUUGAUUCAACUAUGGAUGGCACAUGACUUCAUUCCACUAGAGGAGAAAUAUCAUUUUGAAACGACAUCAGGGGAAGAAAUUUUCAAGGAACUAGCUUGGAGGUCAUUCUUUCAAGAUGUCAAACAAACUCCUCUUGUGUGCAGUAAUAAUGGAGACAGGGUGCAACUCCGAUACACCACCACAUGCAAGAUACAUGAUCUUAUGCAUGACAUUGCUCUAUAUGUUAUGGGGAAAGAAUGCGUAACUAUUACGGAUAGGUCCUAUCGCAAAGAGUUGUUGUCAAAUCGUUCGACUUACCACUUGCUCGUGUCAAGGCAUAGAACUGGAGAUCAUUUCGAUGAUUUUCUGAGGAAACAAUCUACAACUCUCCGGACAUUAUUGUAUCCAACAUGGAAUACUUAUGGAUCGAUACAUCAUUUAUCGAAGUGCAUUUCUCUACGUGGACUGCAGCUAUAUGAAAUCAAAGAACUUCCAAUUAGACCGAUAAAGUUAAAGCACCUAAGGUAUCUUAAUCUCUCAGAAAACUGCGACAUCAAAGAACUUCCAGAGGACAUAUCCAUACUGUACCAUCUACAGACAUUGAAUGUUUCUCAUUGCAUUAGACUUCGCCGGCUCCCAAAGGAUAUGAAGUACAUGACAAGCCUACGGCACCUCUAUACUAAUGGAUGCAAAAACCUGGAGUACAUGCCUCCAGACCUUGGACAUCUAACUUCUUUACAGACACUAACAUAUUUUGUGGUUGGUGCUAUCUCUGGUUGCAGUACUGUCAGAGAAUUGCAGAAUUUAAACCUUUGUGGUGAAUUAGAGUUGUGUGGUCUAGAAAAUGUAUCAGAGGCACAAGCAAGCACAGUCAAUAUUGAAAAUAAAGUGAAACUCACACACUUGUCUCUUGAAUGGAGUAAUGACCACCUUGUUGAUGAACCAGAUCGCCAAAAGAAGGUACUAGAUGCUCUAAAACCUCAUGAUGGGCUCCUGAUGUUAAGAAUAGCAUUUUACAAAGGCAAUGGUUUUCCAACUUGGAUGACAGAUCUCAGUGUGCUGCAGAACUUGGCCGAGCUCUAUCUAGUUGGUUGUUCAAUGUGCGAGGAAUUUCCUCAAUUCUGUCAUUUGAAUGUCCUAAAAGUUCUUUGUCUCACAAGUUUAGACAACCUUGCAAGCCUAUGCAGCUACACAACAUCCAAUUUUUUUCCAGCACUAAGAGAACUUCAGUUACAUCGUUUGGAGAGGUUGGAGAGAUGGUCGGCGACGGAAGGAGAAGAAGUGACAUUUCCCCUGCUUGAGAGUGCUAGUAUAAUGAACUGUCCAAUGUUGAAAUCCCUUCCAAAAGCACCAAAGCUUCGGAUAUUGAAGCUAGUUGAAGAAAAGGCAGAGCUAUCCUUAUUAAUUCUGAGGUCUAGAUUUUCUUCAUUAUCAAAGCUAACACUGUCUGUCAGUGACGGAAAUGCAGGACUGGAGCUUGAUCAGAAUUAUGAAGCACCUCUUUCGGAAAUGGAGUUAUGUGGCUGCGCCUUCUUCUUCCCCUUAGGCCCAUCCCGUCCAACAGUUGGGAUAUGGAAAUGGUUUGGACAACUUGUGGAUUUGAAAAUUGAAUCUUGUGAUGUGCUUGUGUACUGGCCAGAGGAAGAGUUCAUAUGCUUGGUUUCCUUGAAGAAUUUGGCCAUUGAAAAAUGUAAUAACCUAAUAGGCCACAGACAUGUGAGUGGGGAGUCAACUCGAGUUCCAAGCGAUCAGUUGUUACCGUAUCUAACGUCACUAUCAAUAAGGCAAUGUAAAAGCUUGGAAGAGAUCUUUAGACUUCCACCAUCUCUCACAUCUAUUUCUAUUCAUGAUUGCAGAAAUCUUCAGCUAAUGUGGAGAGAGGAUAAGACAGAGUCAGAGAGUGUAAUACAGGUGGAACGCAGGUCGGAACACUGCAAUGACCUUGCUUCCACAAUUGUUCCAGAUCAGCAAUCUCCAUCACUAAGAAAUAAUUCUCUGCCAUGUUUAGAGAGUCUAACCAUAGGUAGGUGUCAUAGAUUGGUAACACUUAACCAUCUACCACCGACAGUCAAGUCGCUGGGAAUUGGUCAGUGUGACAACCUUCAUUCUGUUCAACUAGACGCGCUGAAUCAUUCCCUCAAGAAGCUACUAAUAUUUGGCUGUGAGAAGCUUUGUUCCGUCUCAGGACAGCUGGAUGCACUCAAGCGCUUAAUUAUUGAUCACUGUAAUAAACUGGAGUCAUUGGAUUGUUUGGGAGAUCUUCCGUCACUACGAAUCCUCCGUCUUGAGGGAUGCAGACGCUUGCAAUCAGUAGCAGGGUGCCAUGGUCGUUACCCACUUCUUCAAGAUAUUACGAUUAAAUACUGCCCAGCUAUAAAUGUGAAGCCUCUGUAUGAACGCCUCGGGCAGCGGAUUGAUAGUCUUGAGAUCAGAGAGUUAUCAGAUGUUCAUUCAAGAAAUCCUGAAGAAGGGCCAUUAUUGAGGGAUCCAUGGUCUUGGAAAUAUGCUAUUCCUGGAUGUGGUGGAUAUUGGUACAACCAGGAUGAUUGAUGUCCUGACCUGAUUAUAGGAGAUUUACCUGGAAGGUGAAGUACGAUUGGUGCGUCUGGCUGGACGACUUCCAGAUACACGAUUGGUGCAUAAGUGACUGAGAAUAUAAUAUAUUAGUUAUCUUUCUAAACAUGAUCUCCACUUAUCUUGGGUAAUGUAAAUUGGAUCAAGCAGCUUGAAGAUCUCACGCUCUACAAAAAUCUGACCUUAAUGUACACAGUAGGGGAACGACGGCAGAAGGACUGCCGGAAUAUAUUAGACGAAAUAAAAGUUAUUUACAGACAAGAAAACAACAAAAACACAAAAACGAAAAAAAGCAUCAAGGAGGUUGGAAAGCCAAGAGUCUUUGAUCAAUAUCUUGAAGAAUUAGGGUGGCCACCCUAUCAACCGUUGUGGGAUUUUUUUGGAAGAUACGCUUAUUCCGUCCCAACAGAAUGAGUUUCACAUCGUCAGCAGUAUGACCUUCCCUACCCUCGCAACAUCACUGGAUACAUUGGUGAACGUGAGGCUGUAAUAUUGUUUCUGAAUAUUGUUUGGUCAAAAGAAGCCUUGGGUAAUUGCAUUUCCAUUGGAUCAUUACCUAAAUUGGUUAAGUCUCGGUUUGAUUUAAAUUAUUGAGCUUCAUGGGUUGCUACAAUUUAGACCGAGGGAGUACAAUUAUUGAACUUAUGUGUUUUAUAUUUCAAUUUAGUACAGAAUCCGUCUGACAGCUGCCAUUUUAUCUUCAAUAACACCUCUAUUGUCCUCACAUUUAUCCUCUAUCCCAAAAAAUAAAAAUAUUU